UGUUUUUGUGUGUGAAUGAAUGACAAUAAUAUACUGCAGCUUUUCUGUAGAGUGAAGUGAUAGCCAAGCCAAGAAUCAGUGUAUACAUUAUCUCUUGUGUUGGAUUCCUUACUUGCAGUGAUCACCUAAGAAUUGCCAUUAACAUAUAUAAUAUAUAUGUUAAUGGCAAUUCUAAUUACAUCGUAUCACAAAAAUCUCGAUAUGGGUAUGAUGAUGAGUUUCAUGGGAAAAGGUUUGCCAACUGGGCAGAUGCUGAGUUUGGUGAUGGGAACACUCCACAGGCAGUUCAUCGAAAAAGAUAUCAAAAGUUUCGAGGAAUUUCACGUUGCCAUUCUUGAUAUCUUCAACACCGUCAAUGCUGCGUUGCCUGGUAAACACUAUGAUGUACCUUCUCCAAAGGAAGUUCAGGCAUGUUUCAACGAUUGGAAGGAAGCCAACGAGGCGGAGAAGAAGAAGGUGUUCAUCGAAUUCAUGAAGAAAAAAGUGAAUCUAAGCAAAUUGGAUGAUUCUACCCUCAUAACCGGAAUAGUAACACCGCCGGCGGCAAUGGCGGCAAAGAGAGCCGGAGAGAGUGUUCCGCAGCUGAAGCUGAUCAAAGCCAUACCCGACGUCAUUUUCAUCCCAACCGCCACCAUAAUUGCUCUCGUCUCCGUCAAGUUAUCGAGAAAGAUGUUUCUUGCCAAUGUGGCAUCAUAAGAUUUAAAAAAAAAAAAUUGCAAAUUUUUUUUAAAGAUGAUUCUUUUGGAAUGUGUAUUGAAUUCACAAGGAAAAAACAUGUGUUGAAAUUUGAGUUUAUUUUUCAAAUAAAA